AUGCCGCCGACUGCCUACAGCUGGGCGGCUGCCGUGGUGCUCGUAACUGUCACGCUCGUUUCCGGUCGAACUGCGCCUGCCCCCGUCCCAGCGCCAUCUUCUGCUCCGGUCGACAAAUGCGACUGCAAUCCUUCCAUCAAGGCGCUGACUGGCGAGUGCAAGCCGUUCAGGCUGGCCUCAAAGUUUGCCUGUGAUGUGGACCCCUACAAGCCACACCAGAUGUACCCCCGGCCACAGAUGCUGAGGGGCAACGACACCUGGAUCAACCUGAAUGGCAUCUGGGAGUGGGAAGCGAAUGUGGGCUGGGAGGAUGGCGCGCCACCCAUCAACAGAACACUUGCCCGCAAUAUUGUGGUCCCUUUCGGCGUGCGCGCUGACCUGUCAGGGGUGGAGGAGCCGUACAGGGUGGGGGUGACUCACAUGUGGUACCGCCGCAGCUUCCAGCUGCCCGGGAGCUGGCGGAACCUGCGCAACGCCGCUCGCACGUUGCUGCAUUUUGGGGCCGUGGACUGGCAAGCCCAGGUCUGGGUGAAUGGAGUCGAAUUUCCCCAGCACAAUGGCGGGUAUGACAAGUUUGCUGUGGACAUCACCGACGCACUGAAACAUGGCAAUGGCGGUCAGCACGAGCUGAUAGUGCGAGCGUACGACCCAACAGACAGCGCCCACAUUCCCCUGGGCAAGCAGCGGAAGAGCCCGGUGAAGAAGGACAUCUGGUAUGUGGGAACAGAGGGCAUCUGGCAGACUGUCUGGCUGGAGCGGGUGGCGGAGGCUUACAUCAGCCGCCUCGACAUGAUCCCUGACGUCGACGCGGAGCAUCUGAGCAUUACUGUUCAGGGCAACAAGCAUGCGCUCGGCAUGCCCGUCCGCGUGGCAGCCAUCGAGGACGGCCAGAAGGUGUCCUUUGGAGAGGGAGUGGUGGGCAGGCCGUUCAACCUGAGCCUGCCCAACCCUCGCCUGUGGAGCCCUGUCAUCUUCGGGGGCGAGCCUUUCCUGUACGACAUCGAAGUCAGCCUCUACCCGGCAGCCACCAACUCCACCGUGACCAAGUCCACAGCCAAGUCCACAGCCGAUGCGCUGGACACAGUGAAGGGCUACUUUGGGAUGCGCAAGGCGCUUAUAGCCCCGCUGCCCAAUAACGGGCCCAUGGGCUUCUGGCCGGAUGGGCUCUACACAGCGCCGACGGAGGAGGCCCUGUGCUGGGACAUCCAGGAGGCGCUGCGGCUGGGCUUCACCACUCUCAGAAAACACAUCAAGGUGGAGCCGGACCGCUGGUACUACUGCGCAGACAAGUUGGGCAUGCUGGUGUGGCAAGACAUGCCCAGCUUGUUUUGGGAAGACCCCUUCAAUGACGGCCUAUACUACCGCCACCCCCAGGAGAAGGCUCAGCACACCCACGAGCUCACCCGCAUGAUCGAGGGCUGGGGCCAGUACGACACUCAAAAGGUGGUGCAGGCAGCGCACAGCCAGGACCCCUCGCGAUUGUGGGGGGCCGCCUCUGGCUGGGUGGACCCCCAGGACAUCACCGCGGACAAGGGCGCCAAGUACCAGCACUACACCGGCUAUGUCGGUGAGGUCCGGGAUGAUCACAAGUACCCCGGCCCGUACAGCUCCGGGGCUACAAAGACUCGUGCCUCCGUAAACGGGGAGUACGGAGGCAUCAAGAUGUAUGUGGACGGGCACUCGUGGGCCUCCAGGGAUGACUCAAGCGGAAGUGACGUUGACAACUCCACCAAGCUUCAGGCACGCUUCAUUGAGCUGUUGCACAAUGGGAUCAAGCUGAUUAAGGCCAGUACUAGCUUAAGUGCUGCCACUGAUGUGGAGGGAGAAGUCAACGGCAUCUUCACCUAUGACCGCAAGGUGCUGAAGUACGAUGAUCAAGAUCUUGUGAGGGACGAAAUCAAGAACCUUGUCAACGCACUCAAAGAGUGA